GUUAAGCAAGCUACUAGUCUAGUUCCUUCCCUUCAAAAAUUAAAGUCAAACUUAAUUUUAUCUUUCUGGUGAAGUUGUGAAUGAUGCUAAAGCUCAAUUGACGAGACUCCUCUUUACCAAUUUUCGUAACAUCAACGCGUGAUACUUCAGAGACAGAAGAUACCCAGAUACCCAGAUACCCAUCUUGCUUUGUUUUUCCCAGCAGUCAUAUUUGCCCCCUUCUAUAUCAAGAUCACCUACUUUCUUAACAAAGUCAACGAACCUCAACGAACUCAUAUCCAUACGUGAUUCUCUUGAUUCUCGCAGACCCAGCCUACACAGUUUCACGAUGAGUCCUUCAUUUGCGCAAGCGAAUCCAUUCGCGCGACGAGAUACCCAUCCACUUCAAGCAAUCUGGACAUACAAAAUAUGUACAAUUAUAUCUUGGUUGUUGAUGGUAGUAGUCACCUUUUACUACAACUUCCACGCACCUCAAGAUGACAAGCACAGUUGGCGUCAUACCAUUUGGGAGCAGAAUAAGAUACACCACACACCAUUUGCUAUGAAUGCUUUCAUUGCUUCAUUUUAUUGGUUAUUCCUCUUCAUUCUUCAAGUUGGAUAUGUCCUUCACCUCUUCAGCGAUGAGGCUGAACAUGUCAACGCCGCAGCAUCGGUUGGAAGUCAUUUCAUUCUCAACAAUCUCUUGCAAUUUGCAUUCGUCAUGCUAUUCGUUCGAUCUCACUUCGUUUGGGCUGAGAUUAUUUUGAUCAUCAAUUUCUUCAACCUUUCCUCUCUCUACUUCCGUCAUAACACCACCCCAAGAUUCAUUCAUAUGCCCGCUACCUCUGGUCCACUCGCCUGGACAUUUGUAGCUUUAUAUUGGAACGGAGCUAUUGCUGUUGGAGCUCACAACCUUCCUGCACGCAUCCUGGCAAAUGUUGCAAUCUGGGGUAUCUUAGUAUAUGGACUCUUCUUCCUUGCUGCUUAUAAGGAUUACACCAUGGGAUUUGCCCUUAGUAUCAUCACGGCAGCUAUUGGAGUUGGCCAAUUCUUCACGAAGGUAUUUGCUCUUCAGUGGAUCUUCGCCUUUACCAUAAUGGGUACUCUCUUCCUUGCUACGUUGAUAGUUGCCAUUCCUGGAAUUUUUGGCAAGGAGAUUUCAUUCAGAAGAGGAACUCCACUAGCGUCUGAGGAUCAAGAGAGAGCCCCUCUUUUGGACGACCACUAGAUUGGUGGAAAUGACUGUGAUGUUGUGGUUUCAAUCAUUGCCUAGGCAAAACUUGUUCAUGGAUACCAUAAUAUCACGAGGGUUGGUCAAAAUCUGAAAAAACGGCACGAUGCAGGAGGGGUUUAAAAUAGUACGGGAAGUUUGUGAUGUCAUGUCAUGUCAUGGAGACUCUCUGGGUUAAUAGGUGUUACGCAAGGAUUUGGGGGACAUUCUUCCAUUAUUAUUUCUUAUUUUGGGGUUUUGACAGACAAUGCGAGAUCUAUCACAAUCCUAGAUUUGGAGUUAUCAGACAAAUUGAAUCUGUGUAUGCAUCAACGUUGCAAUAUUCUCCUCUAUUCCGAUUCUUGGAAUGUAAUUGUGUGGAAUAAUUGAGUGAUCUUCUUGCAAGUUAGAAGUUGAAGCUAUAUAGUGAUUAAAGUCUUUUCACUG